AUGAAGGAGGGGUUUACUGGUGAGCAAUGGAGGGAAAAACAGUAUACUAUUGCUGAUGGUUAUACUUGGUUACAGGGCAGUUUACAGAGAGUGAACUGGACACAGUGGAUAUGGAAUAUAUUCAAUAUUCCCAAGCAUGCUUUCAUUGUGUGGUUAGCUGUGCAUAAUAGACUCAGAACCAGGGAUAAACUGCUGCAAUUUUGUUUGUGUGAUAGUGACUUAUGUCUUCUCAGUGGUGUUGUUCCUGAAAGUAAUAGUCACUUGUUUUUUUACUGUAAUUAUAGUCAGUGGUGCUUGAAAAGCUUAUGUUCUUGGCUGGGUUUUGAGUCUGGGCAUUUCAGUAUUGCUACUGCCUGGAAACAUUGGAAGAGAAGAUGCACAGAUAUUGUUGAGAAGAAGACUACUCUUGCUACUUUAACUACUGUCCCGUAUCACAUCUGGAUGGCCAGGAAUGAGGCUUAUUGGAAUGGUGUUGUGAUUCAUCCUCGGGUUUUGUGCAAGAAGGUGAGAUUAGAGAUUAUGGACAAAUGUCAUCAAUUGAUCAGCAAAUCAUGGUCUCGAGCUCAGUGCUUUGGCUGUGGUGUGUUGUUUGGUCUUCAGACUAUGUAG